CGUGUGGGCUCGUGGCGGCCAGGGGAAAGGCCGGAGGUUGGGGACCGGGUGGGCGCUCUCCCGGCUGUGGAGACUGUCGCCUGCGCGGGAGGCGCGAGCGUGAACUAACUUGGCGCGGAGGGAGGCGCCGCGCGCAGCCGUGGGGCUUCGCGUCUGGCGGGAGCCCGCACGGGCCGCCGGCUGGGGAAGGGGGCGGGGGAGAGGGAGGGCCGGUCCGGAGCCGCAGGGGUGGAGGAGGGGGAGACCGAAGGAAAUGAGACAAGCUUUUCCUCCCACUGACUCGGGCUCCUCCGGCGUUUGCGAGGCUGGGCACGGCAGCCGGUGAGCGUCGAGCCGGGACCCCGCGUCCCCAGCUCAGCCAGACCCCAGCGGGCCGCCAGAUUGCUCUCGAGUCCGAGCCCGGAGCAGCGCCCGGUCGCGUCCUGCCCUGGGUGAUCGGCUCCGGGUCCCCGGAAGUGCGCGCCCGCGGUCCCGGCGAAGGGAGGUUGUGCUGCAGACUGCACCGAGGGAGGGGCCAGACCACCGUAGUUGAAACCAUCGGGGGCCAACCAAGAUUAGAACCUUUACUGGCUGGAAUCAGCACCAUUGGGGAUGACCUGUUCUUACCGGCUAGUUCUCCCCUCCUGACGGCACAUCCGACUCCAGGAGGAGAAAGUGCCACGUCGGUACAGCUGAGUGUCUGCAGGAGGCCGCGUCUGGAUGCCACAUGAGGCUGCCCUUCAGCCCCACCACAGAGCCGGUGACCGCGGAGCACACGGAGAUGAAUUUCCUCAGCAGCAUCCUAGCAACUUAUUCCUUUGUCUCCACCUCAGAUGAUAGAUGGCACCCGACAUUAACACUGAUCGCAGCAUAUAAACACCAGGAAAUAACGAGAAGGGAUUGGACUUCCAGAAUGGAAAACCCUGAGCGAGCUGCUCUGUACUUUGUCUCCGGCGUGUGCAUCGGGCUGGUCGUGACCCUGGCUGCUCUGGUGAUGAGAAUCUCUUGCCACACGGAUUGCAGGCGGGGUCCCCGUAGGAAGUUCCUGCAGGACGGUGAGAACAGCAGUGACAGCAGCGACAGUGAGGAGGACAGCUCGGACACCACGUCGGACAGGUCGAUGCGGAGACAUCGCCGCUUUGAGAGGACUUUGAACAAGAAUGUGUUCACAUCGGCGGAAGAGCUGGAGCGCGCCCAGCGGCUGGAGGAGCGGGAACGCAUCAUCAGAGAGAUCUGGAUGAACGGCCAACCCGAGGUGCCCGGCACCCGCAGCCUGAACCGCUAUUACUAGGGGCGCAGGGGGACCCCCACCCCCCGGCACCCUUGGAAGCAGCCUAGAAAGGGGAGAAUCGGCAGGGGUGGUGAGCACAAGGAGCUGAACCCAGCUCUGCUAAUAUUGUGGCGGCAGAGAAAAGCAGGACCCGUCAGUUUUCUAUCCAGAACUGAUUCUCCUUUUGACUUUAUCUGUGGAGCAGAAGAAAAACCAGGUUGGUUCAUCAACCUUUCCAGGUCUUGGAAUGGUGCUGAAACCCCGUCUCCAACACUGUGGAUGGAGAUUUGAGAAACGGGACUAUGGUUUCUCGAUUUCUGAGGAUCUCAGAAGUUUCUGCAGACUUCAUUGCUAAUCCUUUACAAAAGGAAAGAUUCUCAUAGUAUGAGAGCUGGAGAUGUCAGGGUGACCUUGACCCAGGAGAUGCAAUUUUCUAAGUGACUCCAUGCUAUGGAGCUGAUUCUGAUCUAGAUAGCAUGAUCCAUGCUUAUUAUUUAAGGCUAAACUUUUAAAAAUGUUUGUGUUGCAAUGGCAAUCUCUCCAUUUUAACUGGCACCUCAGGGAUUAAAAUCCUAUUUUUUAGUAUAGUCCCCACCUCAUUCAUAAAAAUGAAUGGAAUUAUUGUACAAUGGGAGAUGUGUCAGUGGACUAGAAAAAAUGUCAAUAAUCUCAGAGGAUGAAGGGUUUUUAUUUUAAAUGGUUUAUGAAAUAUAUAUAUAUAUAAAUAUAUGGACAUGCGUUUUUGAAAAUGCUGCGUAAGAAUAAAAGUUGUAUAUCUUCCCCCUUUGGAGAGAAGAAAAGUUUAUUAUGAUUCCAAAUAAUCGUGAUUUUAAACAUUUUGUUUUUUAAAAAAAUGGGAUUUCCAACCACAUGGAUAAUGGGAGGUGAGAGUUAAAGCAAAAAUUAAGAUGGGAUAAAAAAAUAAAUGCUACAUGAAAUGUU